AUGCCCACAAUCACGAAAGCGAAAACCCCGGGCCUUUACGUUGGUAUUGAUAAGCAUCGGUGGUGGAAGGAGGCUGUUGUGUACCAGAUAUACCCGGCUUCGUUCUUAGACACCAAUGGAGAUGGGUGGGGAGACGUCCCAGGUAUCACGAAGAAGCUUGAUUAUCUUAAGGACUUAGGUGUUGAUGUCAUAUGGGUCUCUCCAAUAUAUAAGAGCCCUCAAGCCGACAUGGGCUAUGACAUUGCGGACUACGAAGACAUUGAUCCCAUUUAUGGAACCCUCGCGGAUGUUGAUAAUCUCAUCCAAGAGAUCAAGAAGAGAGGGAUGAAGCUGUUGAUGGAUCUUGUCGUCAACCAUACAUCUGAUCAGCACUCCUGGUUCCUAUCCUCCCGCUCCUCCAAAUCCUCCCCGAAACGUGACUGGUAUAUCUGGAAGCCCCCAAAAUACGACUCCGCCGGCAACCGCAUCCCACCCAACAACUGGGCCAUGAUCCUCGGCGAGGCCAACUCCGCCUGGACCUGGGACUCAACCACCCAAGAAUACUACCUCUCGCUCUUCACUUCCGAGCAACCCGAUCUCAACUGGGAGAACCCUUCCGUCCGCACUGCCGUCCACAACAUCCUCCGCUUCUGGCUCGACCGCGGCGCCUCAGGCUUCCGUAUGGACGUCAUCAAUCUGAUAUCCAAAGUACAAUCAUUCCCCGACGCUCCGGUCUCUGUCCCAACGCACACCUACCAACCCGGUGAUAAAUUCUACGCCAACGGCCCGCGGCUACACGAAUACCUCCGAGAAAUCAACCGCGAAGUGCUAGCUAAGUAUGACACUCUCACUGUCGGAGAAAUGCCGUUCGUCCGCGACGACGAUGAAAUCCUGCGUGUCGUAGGCGCGACCUCCAACUCCCUCAACAUGAUCUUCGCCUUCGAUCUCGAUGCGCGAGAUAUUGGGAAAAUUGUGAACAGGCUGCAGAGACUGAUGAUUGAACGUGAUGGCUGGAAUGCUGUUUUCUGUGAGAAUCAUGACCAGCCGAGGAGUGUGUCGAGGUAUACAGAUGAUAGUGACGAGUGGCGAGAGUAUGGCGCAAAGUUGCUUUGUUUGAUGCAAACGACGUUGUCGGGGACGUUGUAUGUGUACCAGGGUGAGGAGAUUGGGAUGAGGAAUGUGCCAGCGGAGUGGAUGCCGGAGGAGUACAAAGACAUUGAAUCUGUCAAUUUUUGGAAGAAAUGUAACGAAAUGUACCCCGGCAACGAAGAAAAGCUAGCACUAGCCCGCAAAAUCCUGCAGAAGAAAGCCCGCGAUAAUGCACGCACUCCCGUCCAAUGGGAUGCAUCUCCCCAUGCUGGCUUCACAUUGCCGUCUUCCACUUCCUGGAUGCGGGUCAACGACGACUAUAAAACGAUUAACGCUGCGGCCCAGCUCGGAAAUCCCAGUCCUACACCCGGUACGCUAUCUGUCCACGCGUUCUGGAAACGCGCAUUAGUAAACCGCAAGAAUAAUAAAAACGUCUUUGUAUAUGGUGACUUUGAGUUGCUAGAUCCAGAUCAUGCUCAGGUAGUAGCGUAUAAGCGGUGGGGUGCAGAUGAGGCAUUUGUGACAGUGUUGAACUUUUCCAGGGAGAAUGUGAGCUGGAAGGGGAUAGGAAGGUUUAAAGUUAAGAAGUGGGUUGCUGGAAAUUAUGAUGAGUCUGGGCUAGAGAAAAAGGAGAUCAGUGAGAGCGUAACUUUGCGACCUUGGGAGGGACUACUAGGGUUGUUGGAGUAGGCGGGUAGGAGGGCUAGUAAGGUGAUCGUGGAAUACUUAGUAGUGCAAAAUUGUGG